UUCUUUUCCCAGGUGUAUCUCCGCGUCUUCCUAAGGAAUGGUACUGUAGACUUCUGUGGAGGCGCUAUUAUCGGCGUACGGCACAUCUUGACGGCAGCGCACUGCGUCGAUAAAUCCAACGUGGUGAAGAAAAUGGCAGUAAUAGGAAGCAUGAAUCGCUUCGACCGCAAAGCGCUUAACUUCACCAUAAUCCGCCAGACGUUAUAUUCCAAGAAAUCAUGGGAAGAUGUUGAUGCUGAUAUCGCCGUUCUCAUGGUCGAUCGCUCGAUGCCUUUGGGCAAGGAGAACGUAAAACUCGUCAAACUGCAAAACAACCGGACUUUUAACAGAGGAAGUCUCUGCUCUGUUGCAGGAUGGGGCGAUUCUCGAGAUAACUCGAAUCCAGACAUUCUGAAGUUCGUGAAGAUUCCUCUGGUGAGCCGAAAACGCUGUGAAAAGUCGUACCCUUACGACCCGCCCGGUGACCUCCUGUGCGCCGGUUACUACGAACGAGGGGGGCCCGAUACCUGUCAGGGCGACUCCGGAGGUCCGUUGGUGUGCGGCGGCCAGUUGACCGGCAUAGUGAAGGGCGGCGUGGGCUGCGGCCUGCCGCACUACCCGGGCACCUACACCGACGUCAGUUACUACUCGAGCUGGGUGGAGCGCGUGAUGGUCCACGAUUGGGAGGCGUACUUCAAACACGAGGCGCCCUCGCCCUUCCGCCGGAAGUGGGCGCCACACCCCCGCAGGGCGCGGAAACGCACCCGGCAGUAUCUGUGGCAAGAAGCUCUCACGUUGGAAGACAAAGGAAUACGGGCACGGCGAAAAUAGGGAUAUGUUGCGCGGCGUAGCUUACAGCAGCUGACAACAAUCGCCAUCUUCUGCACAUGCGCAGAUGCACGAAAGUGAUACGAAUCUUGAACUGAGCAUGCGCAGCAGCUGACAGCAAUCUCUGCACAUAUUUCGAUUUUCUGCACAUACGCAGAUGCACGAAAGUUGUGCGAAUCUUGAACUGCGCAUGUGCAGCAGUUGCGCAGCAGCUGCCAAUAAUCUCGAUCUUCUGCACAUGCGCAGAUGCACGAAAGUGGUGCGAAUCUUGAACUGCACAUGCGCAGCAGCUGACAGCAAUCUCGAUUUUCUGCACAUGCGCAGAUGCAC